CUGGACCAGGUACAACAACUGGACCACAAACAACAACUGGACCAGGUACAACAACAGGACCAGAAACAACAACUGGACCAGGUACAACUACAGGACCAGUAACAACAACUGGACCAGAAACAACAACUGGACCAGGUACUACAACUGGGCCAGAAACAACAACUGCACCAGGUACAACAACUGCUCCAGGUACAACGACAAAACCGGUCACAACAACUGGACCAGGCACAACAACUGGACCAGUAACAACAACUGGACCAGGUACAACAACAGGACCAGUAACAACAACUGGACCAGAAACAACAACUGGACCAGGUACAACAACUGGACCAGUAACAACAACUGGACCAGUAACAACAUCUGGGCCAGAAACAACAACUGCACCAGGUACAACAACUGCUCCAGGUACAACAACAAAACCAGUCACAACAACUGGACCAGGUACAACAACUGGACCAGGCACAACAACUGGACCAGUAACAACAACUGGACCACAAACAACAACUGGACCAGGAACAACAACAGGACCAGUAACAACAACUGGACCAGGAACAACAACAGGACCAGUAACAACAACUGGACCAGAAACAACAACUGGACCAGGUACUACAACUGGGCCAGAAACAACAUCUGCACCAGGUACAACAACUGCUCCAGGUACAACGACAAACCCAGUCACAACAACUGGACCAGGUACAACAACUGGACCAGGUACUACAACUGGGCCAGAAACAACAACUGGACCAGGUACAACAACAGGACCACUUACAACAACUGGACCAGGUACAACAACUGGACCAGGCACAACAACUGGACCAGUAACAACAACUGGGCCAGAAACAACAACUGCACCAGGUACAACAACUGGACCAGGUACAACAACUGCUCCAGGUACAACAACAAAACCAGUCACAACAACUGGACCAGGUACAACAACUGGACCAGGUACAACAACUGGACCAGGUACAACAACUGGACCAGUAACAACAACUGGACCACAAACAACAACUGGACCAGGUACAACAACCGGACCAGUAACAACAACUGGACCAGAAACAACAACCGGACCAGGUACUACAACUGGGCCAGAAACAACAUCUGCACCAGGUACAACAACUGCUCCAGGUACAACGACAAAACCAGUCACAACAACUGGACCAGGUACAACAACUGGACCAGGCACAACAACUGGACCAGUAACAACAACUGGACCACAAACAACAACUGGACCAGGUACAACAACUGGACCAGUAACAACAACUGGACCAGCCACAACAACUGCACCAGCCACAACAACUGGACCAGUAACAACAACUGGACCACAAACAACAACUGGACCAGGUACUACAACUGGACCGGUAACAACUGGGCCAGGUACAACAACAGGACCAGUAACAACAACUGGACCAGCCACAACAACUGCACCAGCCACAACAACUGGACCAGUAACAACAACUGGACCACAAACAACAACUGGACCAGGUACUACAACUGGACCAGUAACAACAACUGGACCAGUUUCAACAACUGUGCCAGGUACAACAACAGGACCAGUAACAACAACUGCACCAGCCACAACAACUGGGCCUUUAAGUACAACAGUGCCUUCAAGCACGACCACAAUUCUUAC